AUGCCGAACAAUUGGGGGCAGUGCGAACUGGCGGCUCUUAUGUCACAGCAGAGAAUUCUAAAACAGCAAGAGCAACAGGUGCGGAAUGAGGUGCUCCGCCUCUCACGGUUAAUGCCUUUUGCAGUUCCCCAGGACAGGCCACUGCCUCCUCCGCCUCCUCAAAAGCCAAUAGAACGCCGGACUUACCGGGCAGCCUUGUCUGAUCAUGCGAAUCAAGGUGACAAUGUUGACGUUUGUGGAGUGAGCCCCUACCACGACUGUAGCUCAUGGAGACCACAAGACUCCCAUAACGUUAGCAUGGAACACCAGCAAGCUAGCAGUAUGGCAAUAGCAGUUUCACGGAGACGAAACGAGCUAUUGCGGCAGCAGCGGGACCGGCAACAGCAAAUUCUGCGACAUCAGCAGUGCCUGCAGCAACCCAUUCCUUACGUAGAAAGAACGGCGGUUGAAGAUCUUCUUAAAGAAAGUUGCGAGAUUAGCCCAUAUACUUUUGACUCCCGGCCUCACGAGGGCCUGACCUACUUUACUCGGCGUCCUAGGUUGGUGGCGACUUCUGCGGAUGAAAGACCCACUGAUCAUGAGGCGUCUCGGGCGGUGAAUCACCACCUGGCACGUAUCAGCCCCUCCUCUUUGCCAGCUGCUGGAAUGCCUAGUGGCGGCCAGAAAUCCGGCGAAUGCUGGGCACAAACCCGCCAGCGGAGACACGUGCUUCCACUGUAUGCAGCAGAAGCAUCCUCACCACUAUUACAUUCACUGCAUGAGUGGCCCUUUCGUCCAAUUCAGCGGGAGUGCUCACAGCAGAGUGCCAGUCUUAACUACGCUUAUGGCACUGUGCCCUCGACGUUGCCUCCAGCUCUCCACCCAGAGCCAGGGGAAAAUAUUCCGCUUUGCCGCUCUCCCCCACAGUCGCAGCAGAUAUCUACAACGUGCCUUCCAGCUGGCCUACCAUCUCAGCACCGAAAUCGCGAUCUGGACACUUCCCACUUCGGCCGCCCGAAAAUUGUGUGGCCAGAAUUGCAAGCCAAUGUGUCAGAGAAAGAUUUGACUCAACAGUUUCCACAGCAAGUUGAGAGGCAAGGAUUCACGCAAUCCAAGAGACAGCAGGCUGAUUACACUCCAGCAGUUGCUGCAGGCAAGCCUUCCUCCCAAAUGUCUUGUGAAACUUGGGGGUUCAGAAAAUCCUUGCGUGCACCCAGCGAACCAAAGGCAACCAAUGGCGGACAAAAAACAAUGAUACGAAACUUCACAGCAGCGGGCACUCUGAGCGCCAACCCUAAGCUCGAUGCUGCUUUAGCUACUGCUGAUGACGAAGAAAACCUCAGGAGGCUAGGAGUGCGCUUUUCUCCUAGGGAGCUACACUAUUUUAGGAAGCAGCCCGGCAUUCGAGGCAGUCAGAAGAGGAGUAUUUCGAAGCGAAGUCGAAGCUGCAAACCAGCAGGAAAAGGCGCUGCAGAGCUGCCCCUAAGAAGCACGGUGGCAAAUGCCUGCGGAAGUAAUCUAGGACUGGCAUCAUCGGAAAUGGGGGUAGACGCGUUUUACUUCACGCCUAAAACCGACAUUUUGUCGCUUCCCUCCUGGAUGAGAGCGUAUGGCGUGUCCACAUCAAAUCGUCCCCUGCAGCGCAUAGGUCGGAAGUUACGUUCUCCCUCUCCAGGCUGCACAAGGACUCAAGGUUUAGCGCUACCAAAAUCCUCUCAUCUGAACAAUCCUGGCAGCUACACUGCCGAUGGCUGGGACGGUUACGGUGGUGCGACCUGUGGUUGCCGCUGUUGCCGCUUAAGGGCAGCAGAAAGAAAAGGCCUACAACUUGCAGGCCGACCGUGCUGCUGCUGCCCGUGUUGUGAUUCAUGGGGCAUAUGGGAUGGACGUUUCCAACCACUUUCGGGGGACUCCUGCAGGAAAGGAGACGAAACUGAGAUAAACAAUUUCGGAAGUGCAUAUGCGAAAAGCAAGUGCUCACGCUGCGGGAGGGCGUUAGAUGAGGCUUUUCACGGAGAUGGUUCUGCGCUAUUGGACUCUCAAACGCAUGCACGCCUUAACCACCUCUCCAUUGAGCAGGCCGCUUCUUUAUGCAGUGCAUGUGCGACGUACUUGGCGUGCGGGCACCAGAAGGCCGUUGUGCAAGCCAGCACGCCAUCAGCAGCUGGAAAUGCUUCAGAUAGGACAUAUAAGAAAGACAACAAUAUUCUGCGCACCUCUGCUCAUCCGUUUGCUUCUGAUGGUCUUGGCGAUAGCUUUCCGCCAGAUCUCCCCACUUCAAUCGACGCAAACUCCCCAAUGGACAAAGAUUGUGUCACUAUGGCUGAAGAAUCCGCACCUCAGUCGGAUCAAGAUGCUUCCUGCAGAGGCAAAGAGAGAGAUUUGCCUGAUGGAGACAUGCCAGAGGAGAGGCGCAGAGAGGUAGUACAUGGGGUAGAUGGUGAAAGGAAAGGGCCAAAAGGGGCCACCACGCCCAGGUGGAGCAAUGCUGCUGCCAACAAGGCACUUGACUUCACUGCCAAGCUAUCAGCCGCAAAGCAACUAUGUUCUACGUUACAUGAGCCCUCUCCAUCCAACAGUGUGUGGGAAAAUCCUCGUAUAGUGUCCAAAAUAUGCGGAUUCCUUUCGCUAUCAAGGUUGCUGCUCGUAAGGCGUUGCAACAGGGCUUUGUUACAGGCCGCACAGUAUCGCAUGCGUUUCAUUCUGUACAACUCUCUUUACGUGCUGCUGCACCAAGGUACCGGAUCGCCUGAAACGCAUCCGAUUAAGGAGGGACAGCAUUGCCCUCUAUCGGCAGAAGCUCUCAUUCAGCUUCUGGGACUUCAACAAAACGAGGUUGAGGAGGUCAAGACUGGUAAUUUGCCGCCCGCAUGUCCUCCAGAAGCAGCAACCCCGAGAAUGGAAGACGUCGCAGACACCAUCCGGAGGCCGCUCGCCGAAUUAAAGGCACGCAGCCAAGUGAACUCCACCAUGGAACCCAAAAGUUCCAAAGACUCGCUCAUGCCGCGCAAGAAGGUUUUGCGCGCAGCUGAGCCUUCCAAGGCCCCCAAAAAAGAAGUAGGAUCAGCAGCUCAGGGAGAUGUGGCUCACAAAGCUGAAGUGCAACAGCGCCUACUCCUAGAUGCACACAUGGCAAACCACCAAGCACAUGAAGAGGCUUGCCUUAGAAUGCUGCACACAGAAGAGCCAUUUGAGCGACCAGUGACGUUGAGCUACGAUGAAGCAGCAGGUCCAGCCUCCCCGCUCCGUAUUUUACCCUUUAAACAGAGCACGACUGCUGCUUCAGAGCCAGCAACAUUCCGCAGAGUGCGGCAUGCCUUCCUCAAGCUCUGGAACUACGACGACGAGGCUUUUAGGCAGGCACUGGUUAGGGCCACUACCACUUCAUACCCAACGUGGCUCUUUGAUGUUUCCGCAAUUUUGUUAAGGGCUGUAUUUCAAUUGUGUUGCAAUUCGCUAACUGCCCCUUCACUUAGUGAAUUGAUCUCCUUAUUUUCUCCCAAGCGGCGACCAUCUUCAGGCGCCGAAGUGCCUUGCAGGUCCGACUGCUAUUUAUGGGCCAAAAUGGCUCGCAUAUCAGGGUAUGCAAUGCACCUCGUCAGCGACCAAGCGUGGCCGCCCCUAAGAGAUCCCGUGGUUCGGCUAGUUGCGCAGCCUUUCAUUUCUCCUGACGUUUUCAGCAGAGGCUCGGGCGUUGAUAAAGCAACUCUCAAUAAUGCUUCGUCGGCAGGUGCUGGGGUGUGUCCUUUAACACUCCGUCCAGCCGUGGCGGACUCGUUGGAAAUGAAGAUGUCGAAGGUUUCUCCUGAAUUCAUUGCAGAAUUUAUGUCCUACGGAAGACAGCAGCAGCUACUGCAUUCUCCGGACCAUCAGCUGGCUUCACGGGAUGGAAUUCGCCAGUUUAAAGGUUCUUUAGAGCUGGUCGUGAUGAUGGACUUGUAUGAGUGGCUGGCCUCAGUUCUGACACAUAUGCAGAGGGAUGAAGUUGGCAUUAUGAUGCGCCGAGUUCCACCGCCUGUUCAAGUGCCUCCGCAAAGUGGAGCUAAGGGCUUGAUCUCACAAGGAACUCUGUCACGACAGGUUAGGACUGCGAAACAAGUUCGAACUCCAUCGGUAUCUCUACAGAGGCGCUCUCAGACUCAUAUUCCGUCGGAGACAAUCGUUAAACGUACCCAAGGACCUCCCGGAAAGCUUCAAAAAGGGGUCAUCGGCUCCAAUGAUGUAAAUCCAACAUGCAAAUAG